GUUAAAACUUGAGGAAGCUAAAGAAGUUCAGAGCCUCAGAAAGAGACCCAAUGGGGUGAGCGCUGUAGCUCUGCUUGUGGGAGAGAAGCUGCAGGAAGAAGCAACGCUUGUGGAUGACCCAUUUAAAAUAAAAUCUGGGGGCAUGGUGGAUAUGAAGAAGCUGAAAGAAAGAGGCAAGGACAGGAUUAAUGAAGAGGAGGAUCUGAACUUGGGAACUUCCUUCUCAGCUGAAACCAACAGGCGCGAUGAAGACGCUGACAUGAUGAAGUAUAUCGAGACUGAGCUGAAGAAGAGAAAGGGAAUUGUGGAGAACGAGGAGCAGAAAGUGAAGCUUAAGAACGCUGAGGACUCUCUCUACGAGCUGCCAGAGAAUAUCCGUGUCUCCUCCGCCAAGAAGACGGAGGAGAUGCUGUCCAACCAGAUGCUGAGCGGCAUAGUGGACCUGGGAAUGGAUGCAAAAAUAAAAAAUAUCAUCUCAACUGAAGAGGCCAAGGCCAAGCUGCUGGCAGAGCAGCAGAACAAAAAGAAAGACAGUGAAACUUCCUUUGUUCCCACCAACAUGGCUGUUAACUAUGUCCAGCACAACAGAUUUUAUCAUGAGGAGCUAAAUGCACCGGUGCGAAGGAACAAAGAAGAGCCAAAGCCCCGUCCACUGAGAGUGGGGGAUACAGAGAGGCCAGAACCUGAGCGGUCCCCUCCGAAUCGCAAACGCCCAGCCAACGAGAAGGCAACAGAUGAUUAUCACUAUGAGAAAUUCAAGAAGAUGAACAGGCGAUACUGAGGGACGUGGACU